GAUUGAGACAGAUUCAAAUCGACUGGCUGUCAGAGAAGUCUAAAGAAAUGGUUUUUCUGAGAUUAAUUUUCGCUGUCGCAGCCCUGACGACCUUGGCAGUUGAAGGUGGUCGAUUGUACGUUUCCAAUGGACAUUUCAUGAAAGACGGAAAGCGCGUAUUUUUGUCCGGAAUCAAUCUAGCUUGGAUCCACUAUGGCUGGGAAUAUGGAAAUGGAAAUUUUCAAAGAUCCAAACCAGAAAUGGAGAGAUACAUGAAAGAACUACACGAUGCUGGUGGAAAUUCUAUGAGAGUUUGGGUAUUCUUUGCUGGAGAAAGUGUGCCAAUAUUUUCUCAAACCGGACACGUUACCAAAUUAGACAACAAAAAUACGUUUAUUAGUGAUUUUAAAGAAAUGACAGCUAUAGCUCGAAAAUAUGAUAUUCUCCUCUUCCCGUGUUUAUGGAAUGCAGCAAAAAGCGACCAGUAUACCCAGAGACUUGCAGGUAUCAUCUACGACGAGACCAAACUCAACAGCUUCAUCGACAACGCUUUGGUUCCAUUGGUAACAGCUCUUAAAGACGACCCUGCUAUUGGUGGGUGGGAUUUGAUGAACGAACCCGAAGGAUUAGCUAACACCCAGCACACGGAAGCCGAGCCAUGUUUUAGCUCUAUUAAGGGUGUUGGGGGUUGGGCUAAGAGCAUGUUCCCUUUUAGAUUAUAUGGAAGAUUUUUCAACUGGGCCGCAGCAGCUAUUAAGAAAGCCGAUCCCAAAGCUCUGGUAACCAUAGGAACCAAUGUCAUGAUCAACACAGACCAAAUGGGCAGGAGAAAUUAUUUCUCAGAUCAUUGCCUGAUUAAAGCUGGAGGCAAGAAAGAGGGUACUUUGGAUUUCUAUCAGUGGCACUCUUAUACAUGGCAGGGCCACUUUAACUCUCUUUCGCCCUUCAAGCAUUCUGCUAGUGAAUACAAACUCGAUAAACCGCUGGUAAUUGGUGAGUUCAGUGCCAAGGCAAGUGAAGGCAUGUCCUCCACUCAAAUGUACCAUUACUCCUAUAACCACGGCUAUCAAGGCGCUUGGAUCUGGUCGGCAACUGAUAAAACAGCUGGAACAUCGUGGAGCGAAGAAAAGAAGGGAGUUUCUUCUAUCAGGCAUGAAAGUAAGAAUGGAGUCACUGCAAUAAAUGUUUGAAAAACAUAACUUUGAUGUGAUGGUUUUAUAAGAGCCAAUAAAGGAGUGGUCUCCAUUUACUCUC